GGAGGCGGGAGUUCCGCGGGCGCGGGGCGGAAGCGGCGGCCCGGGGGCGCGCGCGCGGGGCAGCGGAAGCGGAAGCGGCGCAGGCGCGGGGGCCGAGCGGAGGGGACGCGCCCGCCAUGGAGUCGCGGGGGAAGGAGCCGCAGCCGCCGAACAGGAUGGGCAUGGGCGACGGCAACCCGGCAGCAGUGCCGCACGCUGCUGAGGACAUUCAGGGAGAUGACAGGUGGAUGUCACAGCACAAUCGGUUUGUCCUGGACUGCAAGGACAAGGAGCCCGACGUGCUCUUCGUGGGGGACUCCAUGGUGCAGUUGCUACAGCAGUACGAGAUCUGGAGAGAGCUCUUCUCACCGCUCCAUGCACUGAAUUUUGGGAUUGGUGGAGACACCACGGGCCACGUUCUAUGGAGACUGAAGAACGGUGAACUGGAGAACAUUAAACCCAAGGUCAUUGUUGUUUGGGUUGGAACAAAUAACCACGAAAACACAGCAGAAGAAGUCGCAGGGGGAAUCGAGGCCAUCGUGCGCCUGAUAAACACCCAGCAGCCACAGGCCAAAGUGAUCGUGCUGGGCCUGCUACCUCGUGGAGAGAAGCCAAACCCUCUGCGGCAGAAGAACGCCAAGGUGAACCACCUGCUGAAAGCCUCGCUCCCCAAACUGCCCAACGUGCAGCUGCUGGACGUGGACGUGGGCUUCGUGCACUCGGAUGGCACCAUCUCCUACCACGACAUGUUCGACUUCCUGCACCUGACGGGCGGGGGCUACGCCAAGGUCUGCAAGCCCCUCCACGAACUGAUCAUGCAGCUGCUGGAGGAGACCCCCGAGGAGAAACGAGCUGCCCUGGCCUGAGGCUGCUGUCAGCGUGGAGAGCAUCAUCCAGCCCAUCAGAUCAGUUCUGUCACUGGCACUACAGAAUCCUUCUUUCUUAAAGCACUUUCCAUUGUAGAAUGUUACCGGAUGUCCGUACCUAGUGUUUUGAGGGGGAAGGCUCAUGUUUAACUGGUCUUGUACAUACGAGGGCCGGCUGGGUUGGUUUUAUUGCAGGAGGGAAUUAGCUGAAGAAGAGUUUUACUUUUAAACCAUUCCUCAUUUGAAACGAGAACAGGACUGUCACUCUGUGCCCCUCAUGUCUUGUUGCCCUGUGGUUGUCCUAGACCCCUUGUAGCCUGUCCGACAGCCCGCUCCUGGCUCACCGUUCCUGGCUGCAGCCAUCGUGCUCUGUGUAUUUGCCUGGGAACAAGAAUCACAUUCCACUUGCAAAAGCCAGAACAGAUGCAUUUUUCCAAACUCGGUUCCACCUUC